CACGCUCAAAGAGACAGCCACUUGGAGUUUGUUCUAUCCUCUGGAUGGUUGUAAUAAUAUUUGGGCUUUUUGCCAGGGACUAUGUUACCAUGGAAACAACUAAACAGUAGAGUAGCCAGCAGCCUCUUUGAAAUUGUAAAGGGGACCCAUGCAGGGAGGAUCAGCUAUGGCCACCUGUACGGGCAGAAUCUUUGCAGGCCAGGGUGGCUGCCUCACCGUCUCUGGCUGGGUGACGCUUCCCAAGUCUCAGUCCUGACCCCUGGCAUCAUGCAUCGGACCACACGGAUUAAAAUCACGGAACUGAACCCUCACCUCAUGUGUGCCCUCUGUGGGGGUUAUUUCAUUGACGCCGCCACCAUCGUGGAGUGCUUGCAUUCCUUCUGCAAAACCUGCAUCGUGCGCUACUUGGAGACCAACAAAUACUGCCCCAUGUGUGACGUCCAGGUCCAUAAAACCCGACCGCUACUGAGCAUCAGGUCAGACAAAACCCUCCAGGACAUUGUCUACAAGUUGGUGCCUGGGCUUUUUAAAGAUGAGAUGAAACGGCGGCGGGACUUCUAUGCAGCGUACCCGCUGACGGAGGUCCCCAACGGCUCCAAUGAGGACCGAGGCGAGGUCCUAGAGCAGGAGAAGGGAGCCCUGGGCGAUGAUGAGAUUGUCAGUCUUUCCAUUGAGUUCUACGAAGGAGUCAGGGACCGAGAGGAGAAGAAGAGCCUCAUGGAGAAUGGGGAUGGGGACAAGGAGAAGACAGGGGUGCGCUUCCUGCGAUGCCCAGCAGCCAUGACUGUCAUGCACCUUGCCAAGUUCCUCCGCAACAAAAUGGAUGUACCAAGCAAGUACAAGGUGGAGAUCCUCUAUGAAGAUGAACCCCUGAAGGAGUAUUACACCCUCAUGGACAUUGCCUACAUCUAUCCCUGGCGGAGGAACGGGCCUCUCCCCCUCAAGUACCGUGUUCAGCCAGCCUGCAAGCGGCUCACCUUGCCUACAGUGCCCACUCCCUCAGAGGGCACCAACACCAGCGGGGCAUCAGAGUGUGAGUCAGUCAGCGACAAGGCUCCCAGCCCCGCCACCCUUCCAGCCACCUCCUCCUCCUUGCCCAGCCCUGCGACCCCCUCCCAUGGCUCUCCUAGCUCCCACGGCCCCCCAGCCACCCACCCUACCUCCCCCACUCCUCCUUCAACUGCCAGUGGGACCAACUCCACUACCAACGGGGGCACUUCGAACUGCCUGCAAACGCCUUCCUCCACCAGCAGGGGGCGCAAGAUGACUGUUAACGGAGCUCCUUGCCCCCCCUUAACUUGAGGAAAGGAACCCUCUCCCUCAGCAGCCACCUCUCCCCUCCCUUCUACUUUUUCUGGGCCCCUUUUUCCACCUUUGACUUUCCCUGGUUCCUCCCAUCUUCACAGUGGGAGGUGGGUUUUAUAAAUAAAUAUCUAUCUAUAUAUAAAUAUAUAUAUGUACAUAGGAAAAACCAAAUAUACAUACUUAUUUUCUAUGGACCAACCAGAUUAAUUUAAAUGCCACAGGAAACAAACUGUAUGUGUGUGUAUGUGUUCGUGUGGGUGGGAGUGUUUGUGUCUAGGGGGUCUUCUGUAGUUUGCUCUGCUCUUCUGGGGCUUACCCGGUGGUCUUAAGGGGUCAUUAAAGCCCUCCCCUGUGUUCCUUCUGCUUCCCAGGGCAGAGAGCACAUUGGGUCUCCUAGCUGACUAGAUAUGGGGUAUCUCCGCUGUUCCCCACACACACCUGUAAGCCCCCCCAUUGUUGAAUGUCCAGAGAAUUGCUAAGACAGUGCCUUUUACAAGUGCAGUUUGUCCUCUGGCUGUGAGGGUCAAGUGGCCGUGGAGAAGGCUCCUCCUCCGCCUCCUUGGACGGUGGGAACCUUGUGCAAAGACUCGAUGGGUCUACGCUUUUUACCCUCCUCCCCUUACUGUCUCCCUUUUUUUUCCUGUGUGUGGCCUUUGCAUCAUUUACCUUUAUGGAAGAGAAGAUUCAGGCUGAGGAGACCCCAGCCCUCCAGAGUCUAUGUGGGGACUUUCCUCCUGCCCCUACCCUGACCCAGAAACCCACACUAGCAAGACUGGAGGUGACACUCACUGGGGGCCUAGAGUGGAGGGCUGAGGCGAGUGGCCCAGACAAGCACAGACUCCAGUUCUGCUAAAGGCCAACAGCUUUCAGUCCACUUCCCCACCCCUGACAGGCCAAGCAGGGACAGGACAGAGGCAUCUAGAAGCACAAGAAAAACAAAGUGGACCCCUGCUCUACCUAGUGGGCCACCUAUUGGGGCAGACCUUGCCUACCUGGUUUUCCUCAAGCUUACAUAGCUGGGGGAGGGGGAGGGGAGACCAGAGCAUUGACUCAGGUAUGUGAGGUUCUGAGCCCGAGGGUCUGUUUGCACCAUGUCCUGAGUCUGAGGUCCUGCGACUGUAUCCUCCUGUCCUGGGUCGUUUGUAUCUCUUGGUUUUGUAAUAAAUGCUUCGUACUCUC